AUGCCGUAUAUUGGUGCUCCACGUAGUAGGGAUAAGUUUGAAACUUUGAAGGAAAAGCUGUGCCUGGAUAAGCAGAAGCAGUCCAUGGAAAAUCAAAGGAGAAUCGACAACACAAAUAUAGAGCACGACCAGGAGGAACAAACUUCUGCUGUGCUGCAGAGCCCUUUAAUAAUGUCAAGCCCGAAGCAGGGAACUCCAAGCUCACUCUCCAGCAGUGAAAUUGAUUCCCGAGAGUUGCUCACAUUUCCCAACGAAUCCACACAUGCCUACUCUUACAACCCGUUGUCGCCCAACUCACUGGCGGUCAGAUUACGAAUUUUGAAACGAUCACUCGAAAUCAUGAUUCGCAACCCGACCCUGCUGCAAGAACAUCGGCCCAGUCACCACGUUCGUGUCGACACGCCCAAUGGCAGCCAAAAAGAGUUCAACUUUACUACCAAUGAAGAAAUCUCACCAAAAAUGGGACAGGAAAUCUCCAGAAGCUACAGCCAAGAUGGAUUGAAGCCUCUCUCGACUUCUCAGCUAAGAAAUGCUUCCUCCGCGGCACUUUCAGCGCUUGUCACCAAUGCUCAAAGCCCUUCAAAGCCAUUUUCGAGACCUGUAGCGCCUUUUCAAAUGUCAGCUUUUGCCUCAAGACCGUCCACGGGUCGCACGAACUCAUCCUGUUUUGAUCAGUCUUCAGCUUCAAAAGAACUAGGUGAGAAAAAACGUAAAUCAAUGGGUUCUUUAUUUUUAUCAGCGGAAGAUACAAACACUAUUUAUAAAAAUGCGUCUAACCAAAGUUCCGAGUCCUUGAAUGCCAAAAGAAGUGAGUUAGAGGGGUUGCUCGUUCUUUUAAAUGACGCGCUUGAGAACAAUAGGACAGAGAAGGCCUCCGACUUGCACAUGAUAUCACUUUUAAACUUAAACAAGUUGUCGUUGGACGUCGACCAGGAAGAUAAAGAUAGCCAGCAACUUGAAAUUCGUACUGUCAAGUACGAACAAACCUUGAAGAGAAAUCUUUUGGAAAGCUUAGCACAGCCCUUUUUUGAAAACUCCAAUACAGGGGAAGGCGUAAAUGAUGCUGAGACAUACUUAAACCUUGAUGUGGACAACUUUUCCAACGAUAGCGCGUCUUUCGCCAACCUGAAAACGACACCGAUGAGUAAUAGGCUGUUGCACACUUUCGUCUCGAGUAAAAAUUCGUCUCCUCAAGCAAUUUUCACUUGCUUACAGCAGUACCCAUGGCAGUUCAAAUCUGCAAACGACCUCGCUUGUCUUACUUUUGGAAUUUCUAAAAAUGCACUGCGUGCUCUCACGCUGCUGGACCUUAUACACAGUGACAGUCGAAAAUUUGUCUUGAACAAAAUAAUGUCAACUGAGAACCAAGAGUUGGCGUUCACGGGUGAAAUCGUAGCCAUUGUUCAACCAGGUGACUCAUCUUCGGAACUCGUUUGGUCAUCUGUAUGGGCCAAGAGAAGGAACGGCCUAAUAUUUUGCGUCUUCGAAAAGGUGCCUUGUGAUUUUAUGGAUGUCUUGCUAAAUCUCGAUGACUUCUCGGUCGAUCAUAUAGCAGGAGGCGCUGGCUUAAAAGGAACGAAACAGAAGGCCGAAACUUAUGAGGAAGAUACCUCUAAUAAAAGCAAAGCAGCAAGAAAAUCUGUCAAGUUUCCUGACGAGGUCCACGACGUGGGUGACUUGAGUAAGUCUCUCAAAGAGCUUAUCAGAAACGUUGAAAGUGGAGUUUUUCAGACUAAAGAUAGUGACCUCUUGCCCAUGUCAAUUAGGGUAGCGGAUGCCAUAAACGAAGUUCGUUACUUUACCCUUAAUCACUUAUCUUUCAACAUACCUUGUGCGAUAUCAUCGUCUAUUUUAGAAAGUGAAAUGAAGCUGAAGAUUCAUAGCAUGCCCUACCAAGCGGGUAUUUUCUUCAUUGAUUCUAAAAACUUCAAGAUGGUAAGUUUCAAUAAAUCGAUCUCGAAGAACAUGUUCGGGAUACAUGCUUCUGGACUUUUGGGGAAAUCUAUGAAUGUUGUAAUUCCUUCCUUUGGUGAUCUGAUUAAUUUUAUCAGAAUCAAAUAUCCUUCACUGGAUACAACGUUGGCGAAGAAUAAAGGUUUAGUUUUAACGGAACAUUUCUUUAGGAAGAUACAAGCUGAAAUGAACAACGACGAUGAGAGCUUCUUCGACUCCAUUGGUAUAGACGCUAUUCACAGAGAUGGUAGCAUCAUAAAAGUCGAUAUUCAACUACGUGUCAUAAGCUCUACUAACUCUUUGUUGUGGAUUACUCACUCAAGAGAUGUUGUCUUUGAGAAUUACAAGACUAAUCCAUCCCAGUUACUGAUGCUCAAAGAGAGCGAACUCGCAGUAGUUGGUAGUGGCACCACUUCAAGAAAUUCUUUGAAAUCGCCUAAUGGAAGACUGCAUGUUGAUGAUUUACCUAAUCUCAAAGAUAGUCUAAAACUGGAUGGUAGCACUGUUGGUUCAUUUGAUGGCGCCAACGGACAAUCUCAACAUAGUAUAGAAGAGUCGCCAGAAACGCCAACAGACGACAGGUGCCACGAGGAGUCAGGAAAACUGGAACUGCAAAAGCUCAACGACGAAAUUACAGCCAAGCUCAACAUAACAAAAAAUUAUGGGCAAGACAAAUCCCUUUUUUUGAAAGACAACAAUUUUAAGUUAGACGAGGACCUUAUAUUAUCUUUGUCCUCGAUUUCCCCCUCGAAAGGGGAUAACGGUGUAGAGUCUGCCAGAAAAAACCUUACUGCGCACCUGGCACGUUACAAAUUAGAGGACGCCUUUUUGGCUACACCAGAACAUAGUAUCGGGGCUUUAAAACAUGUUAAAAAGUUCUCUGAUUUUAUGGUACUUCAAAAAAUGGGGGAAGGUGCUUAUGGGAAGGUUGAUUUGUGCAUGCAUAAAAAAGACAAAUACAUCGUGGUGAUCAAGCUGAUUUUCAAAGAGAGAAUUCUAGUUGACACAUGGGUAAGGGAUCGCAAGCUGGGUACCAUACCUUCCGAGAUACAAAUCAUGGCAACACUUAACACAAAGCCACAUGAGAAUAUUUUAAUGCUUUUGGACUUUUUUGAAGAUGACGAUUACUACUUUAUUGAAACGCCUGUACAUGGGACCAGUGGAUCAAUUGAUUUAUUUGAUCUUAUUGAACUAAAAACCGACAUGACUGAACAUGAAGCAAGGUUGAUUUUCAAACAGAUCGUAUCAGGAAUAAAACAUUUACACGACAAUGGUAUUGUACACAGAGAUAUUAAAGAUGAGAAUGUAAUUGUGGACAGUAAUGGGUUCGUGAAAAUUGUUGAUUUCGGUUCUGCCGCAUAUGUGAAAAGCGGCCCUUUUGAUGUUUUCGUGGGCACCAUCGAUUACGCUGCUCCCGAGGUCCUCGGCGGUGAACCUUAUGAGGGUAAACCUCAAGAUAUAUGGGCCAUUGGAAUUUUGCUUUACACUAUCAUUUUUAAAGAAAAUCCUUUUUACAAUAUCGAUGAGAUCCUUGACGCUGACUUGAGGAUAAACACUAGCCAGAGGGUUAGCGACGAGUGUAUUGCUCUGAUUCGCAAAAUUUUGAACAGGUCAGUAUCCAAAAGGCCUUCCAUUGAUGAAAUUAAUGGCGACAAAUGGCUAGAAGUCAGAGUGUAG